AUCAGCAAUUGCUCUCGGUUUAUAGUUCUCUCAAGCCCACCGGCAAAUUUUGAAUCUCCGGAAUCGCAGCAAAUGUAGUGGAAGACAAGUUUGAAAUUACAUAUUUUCUGGUGAUGGAUUUGUCAACCCUCCAAAUCCAAUCGAAGAGAGCUCCACCACCACCACCACCACCACCAGUCUCUCGCAACAAUCGCCAAUGCCUCCUCAUCUCCUGCCUCUCUCUCCUCGCCCUCCCCUUCCUCUUCUACCUCGUCUCCACCGCCCACAAGCUCCACCUCUCCCCCAAAUUCACCCACUCCGAAUCCACCCUCUUCGGCAUUGUCAUCACCGCCGCCCCCACCGCCUCCCGCAUCCGCGUCUUCCAUUUCCUCGACGCCACCGCCACCGCUCCCUCUACCUCCUCCCGCUCUCGCCCCGCCCUCUCCUCCUUCGCCGCCCGCCCCGACGCCGCCGGCGCCUCCCUCGCGCCGCUGCUCCGCUUCGCCAAGUCGCAGGUGCCGAUGAAAGAGCGAGCCAGUACGAAGCUCCUCUUGUUUGCUUCCCCGGAGCUCCAGGACUUGGGCCAGGAGAUCGCCGAGAAGCUUCUCGAGUCGUGUAGGAAGGUGCUCAGAUCUUCCGGGUUUUGGUUCAAGGACGAUUGGGCCAGAGUGGUCUCAGGUGAAGAGCAAGGGGUUUAUGCUUGGGUGAGUGCCAAUUACGCUCUCGGAACAUUGAAGAGUGAGGCUGAAGAAACCACUGGGAUAGUUGAACUCGGUGGGGCUUCUUUGCAGGUUACAUUUGCCCAAAAAGAAACACUCCAAGUGCAAUCUUCUCCGUCUCGAGUUAUCAAAUUGUUUGGAGUUACUUAUCACCUUUAUAGCCACGGCUUGCCGCAAUUUGGCCAGGAUGCGGCUUGGGAAUCAUUGUAUGAAAACUACAGAAAAUCGACACCUUUUUCAGAUUCUAGAAAGGGGAGUAUUGUUAACCCUUGUGUACCUAGAGGAUAUAAGCUGACAGUGAAUGCCAGUGAUGAACAACUUCUAGUGUCUUCGCUGGGCGGAAACUUUUCUGAAUGCAAGUCUCAAGUUUUGGCACUAUUAAAGAGCAAACGAGAUAAAUGCGUGCAGGCACCUUGCACAAUUGUCUCAUCAUUUCCUUUCGAGAUAGGGGGCAAGCCAAUUUCCGCAAACUUCUUAUUUACUUCUGAGCUUUUUGGGCUUGUUCCCAGGGCUUCUUUGUUUGAGUUGGAGGCAGCUGGUCUACAAUACUGUGAAGACGAAUGGGACAAACAGAAAAAUCAACAUAAUAUUGUUGAUGAUUCAGAUCUGCUGAAAUAUUGUUUCUCAUCUGCUUAUAUGGUGGCGCUGUUGCAUGACAGUCUAGGAAUCCCCAUGGAUGAGAAAAGGGUUGGAUUUGCAAACCAGACUGGAAAUAUUCUCCAUGAUUGGACUCUCGGUGCUUUCAUUGUUGAAACAAUGCUGGAACCCCUUGAAUGGGAACUUGAUAAUAAUCUGGGCCAGAUUGUUGGAAAUGAGUCACUCACGUAUUUCUCUGUCUUUGCAUUUCUUUUAAUAGCUGUGUUUGCUGUAUUCUUUGUAUUGCAAUCGCGGAAACCACAGUUAAAGACUAUAUACGAUUUAGAAAAAGGACGCUAUAUUAUUACACGUGUACGUAGGUAAUAUACAUUUGAUUCAUAAUUUCUUUCCUUAGGUUCAUUCAAUAGGAAUCUGAAAACUGUACCUGACGAUGAAGAUUUUUGUGAAAAGUUACUGAGAGCAGCUAGCAACACUGUGUCUAAUACUUAUAACCAAUGUG